AUGGACACCACACCCCCCAACACCUCCAACGCCGGCCUCAUCUGGGCCAACUCCAAACCAACCAAUCCCGAGACUCUGACCCCAGACGCCUUCAGCAAAUGGUACAAUGACGUGCAUAUCCCUGACGUCCUCAAGACUGGUGCCGUGACCGAAGCAUAUCGAUACGAAGCCAUCGAUCCCAUAGAAGACAAGUACCACCUGGCAAUCUACAGUGUCGAGGACAUGGACGGGCUGGGGGAGAAGUUGAAACCUGUGCCCCAAGACCCAGCCAUUUUCCAGAACGCCCAUUUCGACACCCGCUUCUACAAGCUCGUGCAACGAUACGAGAGCAAGGACUCCGGUAAAGACCAACCCUCCAUCGUCCUCUCGACUGAGAUGACGCCCGGCGACGUCGAGGACUACGAUCGCUGGUACCGCGGAGAGCAUCUCCAAGACGGCUCGAAGGUGCGAGGGUGGCGGCGGACGGAGCGGUAUGAGUUGUUGCAAGCGCUGAGGGUGGACGAUGCGCCGAGGUUUUUGGUUCUGUUUUUCCUCGAUGGCGACGAGGUACCAAUGGAGGACAUGCAGAAGGCCGGUGGUAGCGAGUGGACGAAGAAGGUUGUCGGUGGGAUGAAGCAGUUUCGGAGUGCUGGGUUUAGGAGGGCUGCACAUCAUGUUGCGAAGAUCUGA